UCUUGGAGGCAGCAGUGAGUUGGGAAGAGGAGGCCAGGCCCCGCAGGGGGCACGAUGGACAAGUUCCGGAUGAUCUUCCAGUUCCUGCAGUCCAACCAGGAGUCCUUCAUGAACGGCAUCUGUGGCAUCAUGGCCCUGGCCAGUGCCCAGAUGUACUCGGCCUUCGACUUCAACUGCCCCUGCCUGCCGGGCUACAAUGCGGCCUACAGUGCGGGCAUCCUGCUGGCGCCACCCCUGGUGCUCUUCCUGCUUGGCCUGGUCAUGAACAACAACGUGUCCAUGCUGGCCGAAGAGUGGAAGCGGCCGCCGGGCCACCGGGCCAAGGACCCCGCUGUGUUGCGCUACAUGUUCUGCUCCAUGGCCCAGCGCGCCCUCAUCGCGCCCGUCGUCUGGGUGGCCGUCACACUACUCGAUGGCAAAUGCUUCCUCUGUGCCUUCUGCACUGCUGUGCCCGUGACCACACUGGGCAACGGCAGCCUGGCACCCAGCCUACCUGCCCCUGAGCUCGCCCGCCUGCUGGCCCGGGUGCCCUGCCCUGAGAUCUAUGAUGGCGACUGGCUGCUGGCCCGAGAGGUGGCCGUGCGCUACCUCCGCUGCAUCUCCCAGGCGUUGGGCUGGUCCUUCGUGCUGCUGACCACACUGCUGGCAUUCGUGGUGCGCUCUGUGCGGCCCUGCUUCACGCAGGCCGCCUUCCUCAAGAGCAAGUACUGGUCCCACUAUAUCGACAUCGAGCGCAAGCUCUUCGACGAGACGUGCACAGAGCACGCCAAGGCCUUUGCCAAGGUCUGCAUCCAGCAGUUCUUCGAGGCCAUGAACCAUGACCUGGAGCUGGGUCACACCCAUGGGACACUGGCCACGGCCCCUGCUUCCGCAGCUGCCCCCACGACCCCCGAUGGUGCAGAGGAGGAAAGGGAGAAGCUGCGUGGCAUCACGGAUCAAGGCACCAUGAACAAGCUGCUCACGAGCUGGCACAAAUGCAAACCGCCUCUGCGGCUGGGCCAGGAGGAGCCACCGCUGAUGGGCAACGGCUGGGCUGGGGGCAGGCCCCGGCCUCCGCGUAAGGAGGUGGCCACUUACUUCAGCAAAGUGUGAGGCGUGGCCAGCUGAAGAGGCAGGAACGGGGAUCCGAGCCCACAGCCCCUCCAACUCCCAAACCAGGUGGAACAAGGAAGGGUUUCAGUGCUGGGCAGUACUCCUCUAGGCAGAUCCACACUCCCUAGCACUCGCCUGCCCAUUGGAGGCAGGAAAUUUGGAGCUGGAAGGGGAUCUGAUGCCUUCAGGUGUGACACUGCCCUGGAUGGCCCUAGGGCAGUGGGCCCAUGAGCAGUAUUAGUCUAAAGGGGUCGGAACUGUCAUGGCAGGUACAGGGACUGAUGGCUCCCCUCUGCCCAGCCCUUCCCAGGCUGAUGUUCACUGUCUUCUCCCAGGUUCAACAGACAUCCCUGCCCCAGGGUCCAUUCUCAUCUGUGACUUUUCAGUACCUCUCUUCCUUUAUGCUCAGGGCUCGGGGAGUGGGAAUCAUCCAGGUGUCUCAUGAAGUGGGAGCCCUCUGAUUUGGGCAAGCGUGUCCUAGGUGAGACUGGGUGGGCUGGGGCAGGUCCAUAAGGACAUAACACACAGCCUACCUGGUGUGACACACCUGGGGUGACAGGCGAUGAGACAAGAUGUCAGAAGCUAGGUUCACAUGGAAGAGGCCAGAGUGUGUGAUCACCAUGGGGGUCACGUGACAAUUGUCCAGGUGGACUGCAUGUUUAUUUAGCACCAA